GUCCCUCUCCGCGCCGCGCCGCGCCGCUCCGGCUUGCCUCGGGCUCGGCUCUGGCUCCCGUGGCGGCGCCCUCUGCGCCGGGCCCCGAGGCAGGCGACAGCGCAUCAUGGCCCGCGCCCAGGCUCUCGUCCUGGCGCUCACCUUCCAGCUCUGUGCGCCAGAGACCGAGACUCCGGCAGCUGGCUGCACCUUUGAGGAGGUGAGUGAUCCAGGAGUGCCCUGCGAAUACAGCCAGGCCCAGUACAAUGACUUUCAGUGGGAGCAAGUGUGGAGCCACCCUGGUACCCGGACCCCUGCAGACCUGCCCCAUGGCUCCUACUUGAUGGUCAAUGCUUCCCAGCACAGCCCGGGUCAGCGGGCCCAUGUCAUCUUCCAGAGUCUGAGCGAGAAUGACACCCAUUGUGUGCAGUUCAGCUACUUCCUGUACAGCCGGGAUGGGCACAGCCCAGGCACCCUGGGUGUCUACGUGCGUGUCAAUGGUGGCCCCCUGGGCAGUGCUGUCUGGAAUAUGACCGGAUCCCAUGGCCGUCAGUGGCACCAGGCUGAGCUGGCUGUCAGCACUUUCUGGCCCAAUGAGUAUCAGGUGCUGUUUGAGGCCCUCAUCUCCCCAGACCGCAGGGGCUAUAUGGGCCUAGAUGACAUCCUGCUUCUCAGCUACCCCUGCGCCAAAGCCCCGCACUUUUCCCGCCUGGGUGAUGUGGAAGUCAACGCCGGCCAGAACGCCUCGUUCCAGUGCAUGGCGGCAGGCAGGGCAGCGGAGGCAGAGCGCUUCCUCCUGCAGCGUCAGAGUGGUGUACUGCUGCCGGCGGCUGGUGUGCGGCACAUCAGCCACCGGCGCUUCCUGGCCACUUUCCCGCUGGUCGCCGUGGACCGCGAUGAGCAGGACCUGUACCGAUGCGUGUCCCAGGCCCCGCGUGGCGCGGGCGUCUCCAACUUCGCAGAGCUCAUCGUCAAGGAGCCUCCCACCCCCAUCGCACCCCCGCAACUGCUGCGCGCGGGCCCCACGUACCUUAUCAUCCAGCUCAACACCAACUCCAUCAUUGGUGAUGGGCCAAUAGUGCGCAAGGAGAUCGAGUACCGCAUGUCUCGCGGGCCGUGGGCGGAGGUGCACGCUGUCAGCCUGCAGACCUACAAAUUGUGGCACCUCGAUCCUGACACGGAGUACGAGAUCAGCGUGCUGCUCACGCGCCCAGGCGAUGGCGGCACUGGCCGGCCUGGGCCACCCCUCAUCAGCCGCACGAAAUGCGCAGAACCCAUGAGGGCCCCCAAAGGCCUAGCCUUCGCUGAGAUCCAGGCCCGCCAGCUGACCCUGCAGUGGGAACCACUAGGCUACAAUGUGACCCGUUGUCAUACCUACACGGUGUCCCUGUGUUAUCAUUACACUCUGGGCAGCAGCCACAACCAGACCUUCCGGGAGUGUGUGAAGAUGGAGCGGGGUGCUAGUCGCUACACCAUCAAGAACCUGCUGCCAUACCGGAAUGUUCAGGUGCGGCUCGUGCUCACGAACCCCGAGGGGCGCAAGGAGGGCAAGGAGGUCACCUUCCAGACGGACGAAGAUGUGCCUGGUGGGAUUGCAGCUGAGUCCUUGACCUUCACCCCUCUGGAGGACAUGAUCUUCCUCAAGUGGGAAGAGCCCCAGGAACCCAAUGGUCUCAUCACUCAGUAUGAGAUCAGCUACCAGAGCAUUGAGUCAUCAGAUCCGGCAGUAAACGUGCCAGGCCCUCGGCGCACCAUCUCCAAGCUCCGCAACGAGACCUACCACGUCUUCUCCAAUCUGCACCCAGGUACCACAUACCUGUUCUCUGUGCGAGCCCGCACAGGCAAAGGCUUUGGCCAGGCAGCACUCACCGAAAUCACCACCAACAUCUCAGCUCCCAGCUUUGAUUACGCCGACAUGCCAUCACCACUGGGCGAGUCUGAGAACACCAUCACUGUGCUGCUGAGGCCGGCACAGGGCCGUGGUGCACCCAUCAGUGUGUACCAGGUGAUUGUGGAGGAGGAGCGGCAGCGGAGGUUGCGGCGGGAGCCAGGUGGCCAGGACUGCUUCCCGGUGCCACUGACCUUUGACACGGCUCUAGCCCGCGGCCUGGUGCAUUAUUUUGGUGCCGAACUGGCGGCCAGCAGCCUUCCUGAGGCCAUGCCCUUCACUGUGGGUGACAACCAGACCUAUCGUGGCUUCUGGAACCCACCGCUUGAGCCCAGGAAAGCCUACCUCAUCUACUUCCAGGCAACAAGCCACCUGAAGGGGGAGACCCGGCUGAACUGCGUCCGAAUUGCCCGGAAAGCUGCCUGCAAGGAAAACAAGCGGCCCCUGGAGGUGUCUCAGCGAUCCGAGGAGAUGGGGCUCAUCUUGGGCAUCUGUGCAGGGGGGCUUGCAGUCCUCAUCCUCCUCCUGGGGGCCAUCAUUGUCAUCAUCCGCAAGGGGAGAGACCACUAUGCCUACUCCUACUACCCGAAGCCAGUGAACAUGACCAAGGCCACGGUCAACUACCGCCAGGAGAAGACCCACAUGAUGAGUGCCGUGGACCGGAGCUUCACAGACCAGAGCACCCUGCAGGAGGAUGAGCGGCUGGGCCUCUCCUUCAUGGAUGCCCAUGGCUACAGUCCCCGGGGAGACCAGCGCAGUGGAGGGGUCACCGAAGCCAGCAGCCUCCUGGGGGGCUCACCACGGCGGCCGUGCGGCCGGAAGGGCUCCCCGUACCACACAGGGCAGCUGCACCCGGCUGUGCGUGUGGCUGACCUACUACAGCACAUCAACCAGAUGAAGACGGCCGAGGGCUACGGCUUCAAGCAGGAGUACGAGAGCUUCUUUGAAGGCUGGGAUGCUACGAAGAAGAAAGAAAAGCUCAAGGGUGGUCGUCAGGAGCCCAUGCCUGCCUAUGAUCGCCACCGAGUGAAACUCCACCCAAUGCUUGGAGACCCCAAUGCUGACUACAUUAACGCCAACUAUAUAGACGGUUACCACAGGUCAAAUCACUUCAUAGCCACUCAAGGGCCGAAGCCCGAGAUGGUCUACGACUUCUGGCGCAUGGUGUGGCAGGAGCACUGUUCGAGCAUCGUGAUGAUCACCAAGCUGGUGGAGGUGGGCAGGGUGAAAUGCUCACGUUACUGGCCUGAAGACUCGGAUAUGUAUGGGGACAUCAAGAUCACACUGGUGAAGACAGAAACUCUAGCUGAAUAUGUUGUGCGCACCUUUGCUCUGGAGCGGAGAGGAUACUCUGCCCGGCACGAGGUCCGUCAGUUCCACUUCACAGCGUGGCCAGAGCACGGUGUUCCCUACCACGCUACGGGGCUGCUGGCCUUCAUCCGGCGUGUGAAGGUCUCCACCCCACCUGAUGCUGGGCCCAUUGUCAUCCACUGCAGUGCUGGAACAGGUCGCACAGGUUGCUACAUUGUCCUGGAUGUGAUGCUGGACAUGGCGGAGUGUGAGGGCGUCGUGGACAUUUACAACUGUGUGAAGACUCUCUGCUCCCGGCGUGUCAACAUGAUCCAGACUGAGGAGCAGUACAUCUUUAUCCAUGACGCAAUCCUGGAAGCCUGUCUGUGUGGAGAGACCACCAUUCCUGUCAGUGAGUUCAGGGCCACCUACAAGGAGAUGAUCCGCAUUGAUCCUCAGAGUAAUUCCUCUCAGCUCCGGGAAGAGUUCCAGACCCUGAACUCGGUGACGCCACCGCUGGAUGUGGAAGAGUGCAGCAUUGCCCUUCUGCCCAGGAACCGUGACAAGAACCGCAGCAUGGACGUCCUGCCGCCGGAUCGCUGCCUACCUUUUCUCAUCUCCACUGACGGGGACCCCAACAACUACAUCAAUGCAGCCCUGACUGAUAGCUACACGCGGAGCGCCGCCUUCAUUGUGACCCUGCACCCGCUGCAGAGCACCACACCUGAUUUCUGGCGGCUGGUUUACGACUACGGGUGCACAUCCAUCGUCAUGCUCAACCAGCUGAACCAGUCCAACUCCGCCUGGCCCUGUCUGCAGUACUGGCCAGAGCCAGGCCGACAGCAAUAUGGCCUCAUGGAGGUGGAGUUUGUGUCGGGCACCGCAGACGACAACUUGGUUGCCCGUGUCUUCCGGGUACAAAACAUUUCUCGGAUGCAGGAGGGGCACCUGCUCGUGCGCCACUUCCAGUUCCUGCGCUGGUCCGCAUACCGGGACACGCCGGACUCCAAGAAGGCCUUCCUGCACCUGCUGGCUGAGGUGGACAAGUGGCAGGCCGAGAGUGGGGAUGGGCGCACGGUCGUCCACUGCCUAAAUGGGGGCGGCCGCAGCGGCACCUUCUGUGCCUGUGCCACAGUCCUGGAGAUGAUCCGCUGCCAUAACCUGGUGGACGUGUUCUUUGCUGCCAAAAUGCUUCGCAACUACAAGCCCAAUAUGGUGGAGACCCUGGACCAGUACCACUUUUGCUACGACAUGGCCCUGGAGUACCUGGAGGGUCUAGAGUCGAGAUAG